AUGGCCACUGUCAACAUUCGUCGGGAUGUCUCCGAUCCCUUCUACCGUUACAAGAUGGAGCGCCUUCAGUCCAAGAUUGAGGGCAAGGGCAACGGUAUCAAGACCGUCGUCGUCAACCUGAACUCGGUCGCUCAGUCGCUCAGUCGGCCUCCGUCUUACGUGAUCAAGUACUUUGGCUUCGAGCUGGGUGCUCAGGCCAACGCCAAGCCCACCGAUGAUCGCUGGAUCAUCAACGGUGCCCAUGAUGCCCCCAAGCUUCAAGACUAUCUGGACGGCUUUAUUUCCAAGUUCGUGCUGUGCAAGAAAUGUAAGAAUCCGGAAACGGAUGUCAUCAUCAAGGAUGAGAAGAUCUUUUUGGACUGCAAGGCCUGUGGACAGCGCUCCGAGGUCGACUCCCGUCUGAAACUGAGCACCUUCAUCAUCCGCAACGGCGCGCAAGGCAAGGGAGGGAAGAAGGACAAGGCCUCGAAGAAGGCCCGUCGUGAUCGAAACAAGGAGAAGAAUGACACUGCGAAUGGCGACAAGGAUGGCAGCCCCGGAGAUAGCAACAACUCCGAGAACGGUGAUGAGGAGAACGGCGAUGUCGCCCUGGAAGCAGGUAGCGAUGACGAACUCACUCGCCGUAUCAAGGCCGGUGCCAAGGACAUCGAGGCUGAUGAGAUCGAUGAUGAUGAAUGGGCUGUUGACGUGUCGGAGGAGGCCGUCAAGGCUCGUGCCAAGGAGCUCCCCGAUGAUCUCAAGCGCUCCCUCGUUCUCGAGGAUGGUGAUGACGAGGGUGCUGACGGCCCCUCUGCCUACGACGAGCUUGGCAGCUGGAUCCUCAACGCCGCUUCUGAGAAGGGCGGUGUCACCGCUGUUAGUGACGUCGAUAUCUACAUGAAGGCCAAGGAGUACGGCAUCGAGAACAAGCACAAGACUGUCGCUGUUUUGGCUCAGACCAUCUUCGAUGAGAAGAUCGCCAAGCAGGUUCCUUCCCGUGCUGCUCUGCUGAAGAAGAUGAUCACCUCCGAGCGCCACGAGAAGGCCUUCCUCGGUGGAACCGAGCGCUUUGUCGGCAAGGAUCACCCUGAGCUCAUUAGCCAGGUCCCCGCUGUCUUGCUCAAGUACUAUGAGCACGACCUCGUCUCUGAGGAGACCCUCAAGGCGUGGGGUUCCAAGGCUAGCAAGAAGUAUGUCGACAUCCAGACCAGCAAGAAGGUCCGCAAGGCUGCUGAACCCUUCCUCGAAUGGCUUGAGAACGCCGAGAGUGAGGAGGAGAGCGAGGAGGAGAGCGACUAG